AUCUAGAUCUAGUUAUCAAUCUAGUUAGAUUAUCAAGUGACAAAUUCAAUAAUUCAUGACGUUUUAUUAUCAAAAUUAUGAUCAAUUAUUUGAAUUAUCAAUCAAUCAUAUGGUUUUCCUUGUUUAGCCAGCCUUGUUCAAAACUUUUGAGGCUGGAUCAGUGGUUGAAUUUUUUAAUAUCUACAUAACUAAUGAGAGUACAGGAAGUUGAGCUAUCAAUUUCUUACAACAUGGGUAAAAAUAGAAAACACAGAAUACGCAAAUCUAAAGAAAAUGAAGCUGAUGAAUCAAGCGAAGAUGGUUUAGGUGGAUGCCCACAUGUUACAAAAGCUAUCAAUUUGGCUGCUCUGAGGAAAGUUGUUACAAAAUCAACAGUUACAUUAGGAGAAUGCACUAGCUGCAGUAAAGAGGCUCCAAAUACAACUUCCAGGGAUCUGUUUGGCGGAGUGAUUGAGGGUCCUGUUGCAGCCACAGAAACUGAUGACACUGAUACUCCAGCUACAACUGUUUGCAUUUGUUUACAGUGUGGUCAUCAGGGUUGCGACAGAAAUUCCCUCAACAAACAUGCACUGAAGCAUUACAAGACCCCUCACACUGGCAUACAUUGUAUUACAGUCAACCUAUCUACAUGGGUUAUCUGGUGUUACAUAUGUGACGAUCAAGUUCAAGCAAGUGGAAGAGUUCAGCCUUGUAUAGAUUACUUACAGAAACAGUGUGGAGUGACAAAACCUGAAUUUCAGUCACCUGUUCGACCUCUAGAUAGCCCAGUUGGGGAAGCUGUACCACUUCCAGUGAAUACUCUGGCUGCUAAAAAUGUAACACCAACUUCCUGCAUGAAGGUUAAGGGUCUCAACAACCUGGGCAAUACUUGUUUCUUCAAUGCUGUCAUGCAGAUUAUAUGUCAGACUCGAGGUCUAGAGUCAUUACUUCUAGACCGUACUAAAGCAGGCAGGGUGUGUACAAUACCUGGUCCAGAACUAGGAUUGGACACAGAGAGCAGCUCUAGUGAUGAAGAUGAACAUCAAGAAGACCCAGCAGAUAAACUGAAAGCUAUGCCUAGUAUUCAGACUGUGUUUGGUGAUCCAGGGGCAGUGACUCUAGCAUUGUUAAAUUUCGUUCAAGAAAUGAAAGGGGGAACAACCAAGAAUGGAACAGUCAACCCCACAGCAUUGUUUACUCAAGUGUGCAAGAAAGCUCCACGCUUCAAGGGUUCCCAGCAACAAGACAGUCAUGAAUUACUCAGAUAUUUAAUAGACUCCAUUAGAACAGAAGAAAUUAAAAGGGGCCAGAUUUCUAUCUUGAAGUAUUUCCAACUAUCAGAGACUACCAGCCCUAAGAAAGUGGAUGAAGAAACAAAGAUAAGAGUGAAAGGCUAUGGCAGGCAGGUCAAGCAUACAUUUGUGGACAGUUUGUUUGGUGGUCAGCUGGUCAGCACUGUAAAGUGUGAGGAGUGUAAAAGUGUGUCACAGAUUUGUGAAGCUUUCCUGGAUUUGUCACUCCCUGUAAUGGAAGAGAAGCCGCAGCGGCCCAACUUGAUCCUGAUAGGAAAAAAGAAAGAUUCAUUUUGCGGUGGGGAUGGAGAUGAAGUGGACACUUACAGUGCAGAAGGAAACCUGGGCCUUGAUGCUUGUCAUGAGAAACCCAGCAAGUAUCAAGAGCGUAAAAAUAAAAAGCUUGCUAAAAAGGAAGCAAAGAAAAAGACAAAAGUACAAAAGUCAAAAUCAGUAGAACACCAUGAGUCAGCAGAGAAGGAAAGCAAUGAGCACCUAUUUGAAGGCACUACUGCCAAAGUGUGUGUGGAUGUGGAAGAGACAGAAGGCUCAAGAUCAGAAGAACUGAGACUUGAGACAGAGUCUAGAGCUGAAGCCAACACAAGUCCUCUGACUGUAGACAGCUCACCAGAGGGAAGUAAAGACAGCAUUGAUGCUAAUGAAGAUGAGGAUGAUCCUUCUGAUGCUGAUAUAGAAGAUAACAUUGACUGUGAAACACAAAAUCAUGGAGAUCCUUUAACAUCUGAUCUAAAGACACAUCAAUGUUCUGCUGAUAUUCAAACUGAACUAUUGAAUAAUAAGGACACUGUUACUAGACCCACAGUAACAGACAGUGGAGGUGAAACAGUCAUACUAACUGCAGAUUUUAACUCUAAUAAACAGUUUAUUAGUCAUGAAAUACUCACACCUUCCAUGGACUCUGGUGGUAAUUAUCAGUGUAGCUGUAUUGUUGAACUGUCACAGCAGAAUUCUAUGCGCAUGUCAUCCGCUGACGUACAGAUGAACAUGCCAGAUUCUUUAGGAAAUGGACAUUUAACAUCAUCUAACGAUGCAAAGAUAAGUGUUAAUUGUUUGUGUGGUAAAGUAGAGGACCUACACCUUUCCUCAAUAAAUGGAGUUGACGGAUCCAGUAUAUCUUGUGAGGUUAGCAUUGCCAAUUCUCAAGUAAUUGAACUAUCCAAUGGUGUGGGUAGAUUGACAGUUAAGGACAGUGACCAGGAAGUUCAUGACAAACAGAAAACAUUGAGCGAGGUCAGCGCUUCUCCUGGUAAGCCAAGUCAGCAUAAAUCUAACCCUGAUAGCCAGUCUCAGGUCAGUGCAACAUUUAGCUUAAGUCUAUCAGCGGAACAUCCCAACGGGGUGACAGAGGUCUGUUCCAGUGCAGAGGUCAAAGAACAAGAUGGACUUCUGAUUAAAUGUGAAGAAAAACAUCAGGUGCAGCUCAAUAUCUUGAAGACUCAACAUGAAUAUUUCAAAGAGGCCAAAAGUUAUUCUAUGAACACUUUAGCACCUAGGUACCACCCAUCAUCCAAAGAAUGCUCUAUCCUCUCCUGUUUGAACCAAUUUACAGCAGCUGAGCUCUUAACUGGUUCUAACAAGUUUGGUUGCAAAGAGUGCACUAGAAGGAAAAGAAAGAACUCACUAUUUCAUCCAAGUAAAGGAGAUAAGAAAGUUAAAGAUACUGUCUACUCUAAUGCCAACAAACAAUACUUAAUAUUUCGUCCUCCAGCUGUUCUAACUCUACAUCUCAAGAGGUUUGAACAGACUGGACUGACUUCUAGAAAAGUCAAUCACCAUGUGGACUUCCCUCUAGUUCUAGAUUUGGCUCCCUACUGUAGUUCUUUAUGUUUGGGGGUGCGAGAAGGUCAGACCAAAGUUUUGUACUCACUCUAUGGUGUGGUAGAACACAGUGGAAGGCUGACUGGUGGACAUUACACUGCAUACAUCAAAGUGAGGACAGGCUUAGGGCCAACUACACAAUUUCUUCACAUCAAUCCUCCUAGACCACUGGAUCUGCUCAAUAUAUACUUAGCCAGGGUUGUCAAGUCCAAAGAGCAUAUUCACUUUGAGAAGAUGGACAACUGUACUGUGGACAAAGAGGAGGAAGCUGAGGCAGAGAAGCUGGCCCCACCUGGCAGGUGGUUUCAUAUCAGUGACAGUCGAGUCAACGAAGUGGCAGAGGCUGAAGUUCUCCGAGCACAGGCCUACUUACUGUUCUAUGAAAGGAUAUAUUAAGAGGCACUAACACUGCCUACUUGUACACUCCACAGAUAUUGUAUGUAUAUACAUUGUGUAGAGUACAGCUCGUGUUCUAGUUGGUCAACAAAUUCUUCCAGGCAGUGUCUCUAGUCAUUUAGGAUUUCUCUUGCACUCACACAUAAAAUGUUAGAAUCAUUCAUUUUUGACUUAGUCUUUUUUUUUCUUAGUUUUGAGUAACUUUGUAAUACCAUAAUAUGAAGCAGCAUGAAGGCAAGGUAACAAUAUUUGUCACAGAGAUUUUGUAAUUACUUAAAUUUUUUUAUGUCUAGCACAAUACACUUUUAAAAAUUCUGAUCACUGGUGCUGCAAUUGGUGAAUGUAUGCAUAGCAUCAAUAUGAGAUAUGUUGUGGGAUAAUGUUACAGCAUGGUACAUAGUUCUCUUUGCUCAUAUUUUGUUGUAGUUUUCAUGAAACGGGUGAUACAUGAACAAUUAAGUUACAAUGUUAGCAUGACAGUUAGGGUUAAUAGUUUAUAUAUUAGCCAGCUUCAUGAGUACUUUAGCUGUGAUAUUUCAGUUUGAUCUAGUAUCAUGCUUCAGACCAGCAUAUCUCAAUUUGUUUUCAUUGCCAUGUAUUCUGUUUUAACUAAGUUUAUUUACACAACUACUUUUUCUUCUAGGAAAAUCAUGUUAACAAUUUUCUGUAUUCUCCCUUCCAGUCCACAAUUAUGAGAUAUGUCUACUUCCUGUUUGAGAUACAGGCUCCUUUUUUUCUCUUAUCAUACAUUAAGUAGCAUCCCUCUAAGAAGAAAUUUUCAAGAUUCAUCUCCAAUGAAUUUACCCUUUGAAAAAAGACAUCAAAAUCUUGUACACAUUGUACUGAACCUGUUCUAAAUGAACAUUAUUACAACAUGUGAAAUAUUGUUUUAUAUAUGUUACAGAAACAUAGUAUAUGUCCAUGAGCAAACACCAAGAUUUAAGUACCUGGUUUUGUCUGUUUUUAGCACUGUUUCAAUCUGUACAAAGAGUGCACUCUGAAUAUGUGAACCUAGCUUAUGGUACAUAAAUGAUUGAAUUCCAAUAAAUGUAUGAAGCUAACAUUGGCAAUAGUUUGUUCUUAUCAUUUUGCUUUAUUGUAUUUUCCUGAGUUUAUAUCAUAAUGCUAAGACCUCUGACAUUGGGAUCUAAUAUUGUGUGUACAUUUUUCAAUUUUUUUGAAUAGACAACUGUAUCAUAAAUUUGCUUGCAUUAUGUAAUUUGACUUUAUCUGUUAGAAAGAAUGUUUGCUCAGUGGUUUGCAUGAAUUUUUGUCAUUUUAGUCACAUGACUGGGUGUAUGGAAAGAAAGUCUGUUUACCCUUGUUUCACAUGUCCCUCCCCCAUUUGGACUUGACUGCAGUGCUCCCAACCUAAACAUUCUAUUUCUGUUGUAGUUAUGAUGUCAGUAAAAUUCCUUUUCUUUUUCUAUACACAAUGAAUUAAAACUAAACUUGGACUUCACUCUUGUAUGGAUUAGACUGAUACACACACAUGAGUAUUGUAUAUCCUUUAGAAAAACUAUUGACAUUUGAAGAAUGAUAUAUUUUUUUAAAAUUGUUUGUUUGGUGAGGGGAAUGUUUACAUUUGACUUGUCAAGGUUUCAUGAUUGCGUGCAUGACCUAGUUUAUUUCAGACUAACACUGUCUUUCAAAAGUGUUUUUUUUUUUUUUGUAUGUAUUUAUUGUACACAUUAGAUUCCAUUGACUUCAGAGAUGGUUUGAGAAUAAUGUUUCUAUGAUUCAAUUCCACUCAGUGUUUGGAUGCCAAUUGUUAGCUUGAACUCAAAUCUUGCAUUCAAUUCUCUAAGUACCAAUUCAUUGUUUAGAUUUUCUUGUUAACAAACUUUUUAUUAACUGGUAAUAAAUUUGUAAAGAAACA